AAUUGACUGGGCUUGAUCGGGGAACAAUCAGUUGAAAUUUUUUUGGUGAUAUGAGUUCUUUAUGGCACAGACAACCAUGGGAUAAGCAAUCCAGUCGUCCAUCCUCCCCGCUCGAACCACACGAAUCCACUUACGUUCCUGUCGGUCGCAUAUCUCGUCAAGAUCUCCUCCAACGCUUCCAAGACUCACUCAAGCUCAUCGAACAGAAAAUGACCACUUCGGUCAACGCAAACACAUUACCAUCCACGCCCUCGCAUGCGUGGCGCAUUUAUGACGGCAUGCCCGAUACACAGGUUCAACACAGUUUAACCCCAUCAUCGUCCCCGACUAUCACCCUCAAGCGAUGUGCCGAAUUCUCUUUAUACGAUAACCCUAUCAACCCUAAACGAUCCAAAACCCCCUUGUCACCAGACGCACUGCCAACGGUGUCACUUAAUAUCAGCGAAACCAUUCAGCGCUACAAAUCAACUCUGGAAUUCAUCAGAAGAAAUCGUAAUCAGCCAUUAUCCUUUCUCUUGACACCACCAUACCAUGUUCCCCCGGCAGAAUCUUCUUCUACGCGGACCCGCGACGCACCCGACACCACGAUUGCCGAUAGUAACCUCUCACAUACCACCCGCCACACUCAUACCACUGUCACCGACGCACCUCAAGAGCUCCGUGCCGCUUCAGAAAGCUCACAACACAAACAGCAAACAGUCAACACGCGCCCGGUUCAUGGCAUGGCCUCGAGAUGUGGAACCGAAGAUAUUCUUGAAGAAUUAUUAAGUGGCAAUGUUCUUGAGGAACUAUCUGGUGACAACGUGCCGCAGAGUCCAGCUAAAGGAAGGAUUCAUUCUGUGCAAGAAGAAGCGGCUGUGGAUCCCUCUGAAUCCACUACUUUCGUUCAUCCUCCUACGUCAACCGAGCCACCUCUUGCUGCUACCACCAUCCCGUCGAAUCCAAUGGCUGUCGGUGUCUCUGCACCUGCAACGAAAGAUCCGAUUCCUGUGUUUGCAACCGAUGUUGAAGAACCUGUGGCCGAAGCAUCGGAAGCCCAGUGGAGUUCAGAAACGUCUACGCCUGAAAGGAUUCCUGUUACCGUUGCCGAAGUUGAGGAAUUUUUGGUCGAGGUACCGGAACCUGAGCCAAGUGCGGCAACCUCAAUGACAGAUACUACCGAUGUUGGAUCUGCGGCUAAAGGGGCGGAAACCCAACCGAAUGCUUCUGCCACCAUCGUAGUCACUCUUCCUGUUGCUAUUCCAGAAGCACAAUUGUGGCCGCAUCAAAUGGUGCCCGUCUAUCCUACUGCCGACCAAAUGAAAUUCUGUGCACAACUGAGUGAUCUGGCCGAUCCAGAUGUGCACGCGUCUCUGAGGGCCUCUCUAGUCGCCAUGCUUGACGUGCUUAAUCAUCCCGAAACGUCUGCCCUCGAAGGAGCGGUGUUUGAGACCGACGAUCGCUGGGAGAUGUCAGGCAAGACCAUCUUUAUCAGACGACUCGUUGAUACUCUGAUCAGUGAAAAUAAGGCUGUCAAUGUCGCUAUUAUUACCUAUGACGUGAACAUGGAAACGCUGCUUUACAGUAUGUUCCGUCAAGCCUCUUUUGCAUGCCAACGCAUCAAUGCCAUCAUUGAUGAUUGGGAUCGAGAGUACGGUAUCAUCAUCCGAACUGUGAAAGCCGACACCCCCGUGUCCCCAGCUAUUUAUUACUCGGAAGGUAUUCAUUUGAGUAUUGCAUGCGAUAUGCGAAUUGGUCCCGACAACGCCGUCUUUGAAAAGAUUCACGGCAACAUCGGUCGUCCUUUUCCGUCCCUUUUUCUCGUCAGCGUUGGCAGUGUGGAACAGCGGGUUUGGGGACAUGAAGAUCAGUUGUUGAACCCAGAAAAGACAUGGGUAAGCGACAUCUCUACUUUCAAGCAAUUGGUGAAGCAACCCACCACAUGGACGGCGUCUCGUCAAAACGAUAUUGCGAUGGUCGACAAGUCAUUGGACGCGAUUGUUAAAUGGAUUUCCUCCGCCUCUCACGCUCGUCUGCAGUUCCAUCUUGUUCCAGCUACACAAGCUCAAGUUGCGCAACAGGAAGAUACCGCUACCCAGACGACUCUGGCUGUAGAACCUGCGGUUCCUGAAGUGUCUCGAGCAAUCGAUGCUGUGGCAGAUAGGCAAGCGCAAACCACGGCGGAAGCCCAACCAGUGACUGAACAACCAGCAGCAGUCGAUCCACAAACGAUGCAAGACCCAAGCGCCAAAGAAGGAACGGUUCCAGCUGAUAAUCAGGUGGCCAUUCCGGAAGCAUCAGAAGCAGUGGUUCAGCAAGAAACAGUUUCAGUGGCGCCGGUAGAAGAAGGAGGUGCCUCGGCUGUGACCGACGUGUCUGUCCCAGAAGAUGAGACAUUGACACUGAGUGGAUUGUCUCUGCAAGAUGUAGCAAAGAAAAAAUAUGAACGUUCGGUCACCGAGCUUACGGGAGAGAUGGAUAUGGAGAUCUCUGAUGGGGAAACUCCUCCCUCAUUUGAGCUCCCACCAAGGAACUUGACCAUCAAUGUAUCCGAUCAUCAGCCUUUUGCCGCUCAGCCCUCGCUGUCCAAACCUUCUUCGCCAAUGGACGGCGGAUCUCCGUUUUCAUUGACUUUUGAACUGGACCAACAAAAGAAGCUGCAAACCAAGUGGAGAAAAUACAUUGAAGAGUUAUUUGUCGGUUACGGGUAUCCAUUUUCUCGAAGACAACGAUCCAAGGAGUCGAGCGUAAAACGAGUUACUACUUCUGCAGAAACACAGGUAGCCACGACGACGACGGGGGGUUGCACCGGAGAAAGCGGACCAUCCUCUGACGAAGAAUCGUCGUACUACUCUGCAAACGAGUCUGAAUCUGACCUUGAAGGCUCACCGUCAAAAGAGCCCAAAGGCACAGAGGAAGACCGAAAAUCCGCCGCAUUAUCCAAGCUGCUUGCAUUCCAAGACUCGCCUAUAAGUAAGUAUUCAUUUCGUGACACUUGAUGCCCAACACUCUGAUCGAUUUUAUUUAUUCAUAUCUAGGUUUAUCGGACCAACAAAAGCAAGCAUUACUUAGUAUUCGUCUAGAAUAUGAAGGUGAAGUACAGAGAGAAGUGGAAAAAUUGAUGAAAUCAAUCCAGCAGCGAUAUGUCGAGCGAGCAUUGCAAGACGUCACGGCCACCCAACUGCCUCUAAAGAAGCGCGGUGCGGUGAAAAGCCAUCCCACCUUGAGCGAAUAAUCAUCCAAAAAUGUAUAUAGUCAUCCCUCGUUUCACGGUUGCCCUAUUCUAAAAUGUGUACAUGCUUUAUAAUCCUUCUACUUUUCUAUGACCAAACAAAUGCAAUGAGAACCCUCGCGGUACCCGACCGGUAGUUGACCGGUGUUUGGUUGGUGCAUGGUUUCCUAAACAUUCAUAUUGGGUGUGGUGUGCUUCCAUGUUUU